GUCACGUUUUGUAUGAUUCCAUUCAUGUGAAAUAGCCAGAAAAGGUCUGGAAAACCUCUAAGUGGGGCUGGCCCCUUUAAGGCUCCAAGACUGAAGUAAUCCGGUAGCUAAGGAGUCAUAAUGACAAUCUUCUUGGGUGAUUCUCCCUGAAAAUGUAGUUCUUACCCUCCAGGACCAGAACCACUGAGGAGCAGAGCCAUCUUCUCCGUUUGGUUGGAGAUGCUGGUUUGGAGAUGGACAUGCUAGAGGACCUUGAGACACUGCAGUUUGAGUAUGGGAUUCAAGAGGAAGACCACAGCUGGCUGUAUUUGCUGGGCCGUUCUCAUGGGCUGAUGACCAAGGCCUGUGCCCAUGCAACCUUCUUCUGCAAGCUACUCCAUAAUUUGAGAGAAUCAUUCUCCAGAAAAUCAUUACAGGAGAAGCAAACUUCUAGAUGUCCCUUGACUGGACUGCGUGAAGACACUCCUGAUGACGAUGAGUUAAAGGUGGGCAUCAUUGGAGGCGGCCACCUUGGGAAGCAGCUGGCUCAUACACUGCUUCAGCUUGUCCCCAUCCCAACUGACAGCCUGAGGAUCUCCACUCGGAGGCCAGAGGCCCUGGAUGAAUUCAAGAAACUGGGAAUCCAGUGCUUUUACCAUAACUCUUCUCUGGUGGAGUGGGCCAGCGUGAUAUUCCUCUGCUGCCUGCCAUCUCAGCUGUCUAAUAUCUGUGUAGAAAUUCAAACCAGCCUUGGAAAAGCCUGCAUUGUGUACAGCUUUGUAGCUGCCGUCCCACUACCCAGGUUGAAACUCCUACUGAACCACACCAAUGUCUUGCGGCCUCAGUAUCUGUGUGUUGAAGAUCUUGCCAGCAUCUGGGGGGCCAAUAAGGAAAUCACAGCUGCUCUCCAAGACCCUGUGAUUCUUCAGGCUACCUGUCCCUACAGUCCUGCUGGGGGAAUAAUCCUCAAUAUCAAGUGGUUGGAGGGAGUGUUCUAUGCAGCCAUAAAUGUCUGCACAGCAAAGGACAUGCCCCACUCACAAGUGCUGCAGCUUCUGAAUGAACUGUUCCUCUUCAAGCACUUUGAAGCCUGUGAGAAGGACAGAGUGUCUUUCCAAAAAUUUCAAGCACAAGAUUUUGUCAGCAAAGCCUAUGCCAAGAACCUGUCUCGGAAAAGGCCUUUCCCCUGGUUUGAUCUGACUGCUGUGCAACUCAAGGAAACUCCCUUUAGCCAGUAUCUCUCACACAGCACUACUUUUCAGGACAACCUUACCCAUCUAUACUGUGAUUCAUUUGGCAUCACCCUAACCAAAGAACAAGAGCCAGAGGUUUCCACGGGUUCUUCAUCCCAAUAAGAGAAGAUACCUCAGGAAUCAGGAUUUUUUUCUCCCUCUACAGUGGUAGUGCCCUGAUUAUCAUAAUUGACAGUGGAAGUCAUGUGACUGAAUGGUGCUUGCCAUAUGCUAGGCAGUAAGGAAUUAGAAAAUUGUACUGAUGGCUCUUUAAAAACUAGAAUAAAACAAGAGGUUCUUUACAUCAGUAUAUUUGGGUGUGUCUGGCUUUUGGAAGCAACUGAAUGAA